AUGUCAUCCACCGUACAGGCAGAACGCGAACUUGGAAACAAUCAACGCGGACUGGUCGACAAUAUCAUUGACGAAAACCAAUACGAAGCUGCCAUCAGCACACUUUUUCAGUUACGCUCACCCCAACACAAACCAUAUCCAGCCCACAUUCAACAGCUUAUAUUUUUGGGUUUGCAUCCAUCCAUCCCUACACCUGAAAAGGCGCCAGGCACUAUUCACGAAACCCCGAGAAGGGCCAGACAGACAAGGGUUCAAUUUCCCAUAACUCCGAAAGCUGUAACUUCCGCUCUGGAUCUUUUGACGUCUCUGAUUGCCACCAACUCCCCUGAAUCUAUCGGACGUGCACUUCCCUCUUAUUCAACGCAAGAACACAAUCAUGCAUCCGACGACCAGACAGAUUCCUUACUCGCCAAGCAAGCACUAUGCAUCAAAACUGCAAAACACUGUUGGGAAUUUUUAGAGGAGGGCUAUAUCCACAGCACCCAGGUUAUCACGUCUCCUCAAGCAAAGUCCAAAUUGCGCAGGGAUUCCUCAUUCGAAGAGGCUCUUGGACCCAAUGCGGUGACGGGUGAAGCUCAAUUAGUUGGCCCAGAUGCGUGGCCGAUCCUUAGUUGGCUCGUUUCACUGUUCGAAAGGGACGAGGAAUUGAACGAGCGGAAUGACAGUUCUCGCUAUUCUCGCAUCUUACUCGAACAGUUGCCGCCUCCUCGCGGUGGCAAAUCUGGCACACGAUGGGACUUCUCGGAUAUUUUGAACAUUGUCGUCCACUGCUUUGAUCAAACGGAUGUUAGAAAGAAAGAUUUGGGCUAUCGACUAAUGGCGCUGCUCGUCAACCUGACUAAUUCGAAUAACGUCGAACUUGAGACCCUUGUCACAUCUGUGUAUAAACGCCUUAUGGCGGCCGGUCGUCCCGACUUCUUCGAUUUACUGCUCUCAAAUAUCCCUGUGUCGGAGAGUGUUUGGAGGUUCAAAGCUUGUCUGUGCCUCAAGGUCGCAACGGACGGGAUUUCUUCCAAGAACGACAGCGCGCGACUGCGACCCCGCCCACAGCCUAGAGCUCCACCGAGGGCGCGCCCUAUAGCCCCUGACAGUCCAAGAAAGCAUGUGAAACCCAGAGAUGAAGUACCCAAAAUAGCACUGCCCGAUGUAAUGACUAUCGUCGAGUGUCUGGAGUCGCCAAUUCCGGACGCACUUCCGGAACCUCUCAACAAAGCGCUAGUCUUGCAUACCAAAUUUGAACUUGUGCUAUCAUUCGCGUCCGCCCAGAAGUCAAAUCUAGCAGUUGAAAGCCGUCUCGAAUGGGAUCGCCUGAUACAAGAUGGUCAACUGUCGAAGUCCCUCAACAUCGGAUUCGGGCCAGAUUCUGGAGAGACGGGAUCUCUGUACCUGGGACUGCUGCGAGAGUACCUACGGCUUGGUAGCUAG